AAGUCGGCCUCCAGCUGCUCCCUGGCAACCCCAAAUCCUGCCUUUCUAGCCCCAUUCUCGUCAUUCCUCACGCCAGCGCCCCACAGCCUGGAGGACCGCCAGAGAAAGAAAACCGGCCGGAUGAGAAACCAUAGAGAGCGGAAAUGAGCCCCAGCUUCUUCCGGUCCUAGGUUCUAAGCCAGCGCCCUCGCCGGUUCGGAGGGGAAGUGACGCUGCUGCUGGGAAGAUGGCUUCGGCGGCUACUGUCCCAACCCCAGUCACGGCCUCGGCCACUGCGACGGCCACGGUAGCGGCUCUCGGGGAAGUGGAGGAUGAAGGGCUCCUGGCGUCGCUGUUCCGGGACCGCUUCCCCGAGGCUCAGUGGCGGGAGCGGCCGGAUGUGGGCCGCUACCUCCGGGAGUUGAGCGGCUCGGGGCUGGAGCGGCUGCGGCGCGAGCCCGAGCGCCUGGCGGAGGAGCGGGCGCAGCUGCUGCAGCAGACGCGCGAUUUGGCCUUCGCCAACUACAAGACCUUCAUCCGCGGCGCCGAGUGCACCGAGCGCAUCCACCGCCUCUUCGGCGACGUGGAGGCGUCGCUCGGCCGCCUGCUCGACCGCUUGCCCAGUUUCCAGCAGAGCUGCAGGAACUUUGUGAAGGAAGCUGAGGAGAUCAGCACCAACCGACGGAUGAACACCCUGACACUAAAUCGGCACACAGAAAUCCUGGAAAUAUUGGAGAUUCCUCAACUAAUGGACACUUGUGUCAGGAAUAGCUAUUAUGAAGAGGCCCUGGAGCUUGCAGCUUACGUACGCCGACUGGAAAGGAAAUACUCUUCCAUCCCUGUCAUUCAGGGCAUCGUGAAUGAAGUGCGCCAGUCCAUGCAGCUGAUGCUGAGCCAGCUAAUCCAGCAACUGAGGACCAACGUCCAGCUUCCUGCCUGCCUCCGUGUCAUUGGCUACCUGCGGCGCAUGGAUGUCUUCACCGAGGCAGAGCUGAGAGUGAAGUUUCUUCAGGCCCGAGAUGCUUGGCUCCGUUCCAUCCUGACUGCCAUCCCUAACGAUGACCCCUAUUUCCAUAUCACGAAAACCAUCGAGGCCUGCCGUGUCCAUCUCUUUGAUAUCAUCACCCAGUAUCGUGCCAUCUUCUCAGACGAGGACCCACUGCUGCCCCCUGCGGUGGGUGAGCACACCGUGAAUGAGAGUGCCAUCUUCCACGGCUGGGUGCUACAGAAAGUCUCGCAGUUCCUGCAGGUGCUGGAGACCGACCUUUACCGGGGGAUAGGCAGCCGCCUGGACUCUCUGCUGGGCCAGUGCAUGUACUUUGGGCUGUCCUUCAGCCGGGUCGGGGCUGACUUCCGGGGCCAGUUAGCUCCUGUUUUCCAGCGGGUGGCCAUCAGCACUUUCCAGAAAGCAAUUCAGGAAGCAGUGGAGAAAUUCCAGGAUGAAAUGAACUCCUACACCCUCAUCUCAGCUCCAGCCAUCCUGGGCAGCAGUACCAUGCCUGCUGCUGUGCCAGCCACCCAGCCGGGGACGCUGCAGCCGCCAAUGGUGCUCUUAGACUUCCCACCCCUUGCCUGCUUCCUCAACAAUAUUCUGGUUGCCUUCAAUGACCUGCGCCUCUGCUGCCCCGUGGCCCUGGCACAGGAUGUGACUGGGACCUUGGAAGAUGCCCUUGCCAAGGUAACCAAAAUAAUCCUGGCCUUCCAUCGUGCUGAAGAGGCUGCCUUCACCAGUGGGGAGCAAGAGCUCUUUGUCCAGUUCUGCACUGUCUUUCUGGAAGACCUUGUUCCUUAUUUAAAUCGCUGUCUCCAAGUACUUUUUCCACCAGCUCAGAUAGCGCAGACUUUAGGCGUUCCACCCACUCAGCUCUCCAAAUACGGAGACCUUGGGCACGUGAACAUCAGCGUUGUUCAGGAGCCUCUCGCCUUUAUCCUGCCAAAGAAAGAAACGGUCUUCCCAUUGGAUGAAAAGGAGGUAGUGCCUGAGCUCACACCGCCAGCACUGGAGCUUCCAGGCGAGGAGCCCAGGCUGGACCCCAGAGGAGAGCAGGUGGUGUGGCAGGCGAGUGGCUGGGCAGCCCGCAUCAUCCAGCACGAGAUGGACCACUUGCAGGGCUGCCUGUUCAUUGACAAAAUGGACAGCAGGACAUUCACAAACAUCCACUGGAUGGAGGUGAAUGACUGAAGCUUUCCUGUUGAGGCAGAGGAGUCUGAAGACCAGGAAGCAAAUGGGCUUUGAGCUGGGUAUGUCUUAUUUGGCAUCAACUUGGUAUUGGCUUGGAUCUGACAGGAAGUGGUGGUCUGCCAAAGCGUGCCAAACUGAGCUAGAGGAAUACAUUAGAAAUGUUUGCCCAAAAUCAGCUUUGGACAAAAUGUUGCCUACAAGAAAAAUACCCCCUAACCCCAAAGGAAUGGACAUUUCCUGACAGUUUUGUGUGGAGAUAAAUGGGGCAAGUAAGUUCAUUCUCGGUAGAAAUGAGUUCCUAAGACCUGUAUCAUGUACUUCCAAAGCCAAGAUUUGGUAAUAAUGUAGUCCCCAGAUCUCUGAAAGCUGUGUUUAAAAAUGCAGGUAAGGCUGUGGUUGACCGUC